AUGGCCGACGCCGCAAAGCUCAUCGCUGACAAAUUCCCAGAUGUCCUCAGCCUGAAGGUGCUCGAGCGUGAGGACUGCGAGAAGUUGAAGAUGGGCUGCUACCUGGCUGUGGCUCGUGGCUCAAUCAAGCCUCCCAAGUUCAUCCACAUGACCUACAAACCCAAGGAUGCUACUGGCAACGAAAAGAAGAUUGCCAUCGUGGGCAAGGGCAUCACCUUCGACUCGGGUGGCUACAACCUUAAGGCUGGGGCUGGGUCGCUGAUCGAAUCGAUGAAACUGGACAUGGGCGGUGCAGGUGCGGUGCUGGGAGCUGCGAUGAUCGUGGGUGCCCUCGCCCCUGCCGGUGUUGAGGCCCAUUUCAUUGGCGCUUGCUGUGAGAACAUGAUAUCACAAGAUGCCUACCGCCCGGGCGAUGUGAUCACUGCUUCCAAUGGCAAGACGGUCGAGAUUCUGAACACCGAUGCAGAGGGCCGCCUUGCGCUUUGCGAUGGGUUGGUGUAUGCACAGGAACAAUGUGGCGUAGAGGCAGUGGUUGACACCGCUACACUUACUGGGGCAUGCAUCAUUGCCUUGGGUGGUAAUGUUGGUGGUCUUUUCACACCCAGUGACAGCAUGGCCGCGCAGAUCAAGGCUGCCUCCCAGACAGGGGGAGAGAAGAUAUGGAGGAUGCCUUUGGAGGAAGAGUACUUCGAGAGCCUGAAGUCGCCCAUCGCCGACGUCAAGAACGUGGGCAGCCGCUGGGGCGGCGCCAUCAUCGCCGCCCUUUUCCUCAAGGAGUUCAUCAAGACGGACACCGUGAAGUGGGCGCACCUGGACAUCGCUGGGCCGGCCUUCCAGCUGGACAAGGGGCAGGCCACGGGCUUUUGCGCAAGGACGCUUGCGCACUGGGUGGCACAGUAUGGGAGCGGGUAG